AUGGAUUCCUCGGCCGAUGUCAAUCAGGGAAGCGCCGAAGGGACGCGUGCAAACGAACCCUUUACCGUGGAGGAAAAUAUCCAACAGCUCAAUGCCGUCGAUCAACAAAUCGUUCAGCUCAUGAAGCACACUGCCACAGCCCUCAACACACUCACAAUACCGCCCACUCCAGAGUCCAACCAAGCCCAAGACCCAGCAUCUGAACCUCCCAAACCAUCACUAGAUCCCCCCGCGCAAAAAGAUGCUUUUCGCUCAGCGACAGAUUCGUUUCUCACUGCAUUACACGCUGUCGACGUCAAGAUGAAGCGUCAAAUAUUUGCCCUCGAGGAGGCUAGUAUCAUCAACCUAGCUCCACCACAGCGUCAAGAGAACAACGGACCUAUUAUGGCAUCUCAGAAGCCAAAUGGAAUAGGCGCUGUAGGCAAUAUCGGUGCAGGCUGGCUCAACAGUCGAGGUACGAGAGUGGAAAGGGACAUGGAAGCAGAGCUUUGGGACAAAGCCAAGGGUUUUUUGAAGAAGAACGAAUAUGCUGAAUAG